AUGAGCCAGCAGUAUCAUCCCAACAAGGGCCAUUCGUCCUCGGCAGGGGAGGGGUCCUCGAGGCGCCGCGACGAUGACGAAUAUCCGGCCGAAUAUCCUUUCCCUCAGGCUCCGCCCAAGUACAUGACUGUUGGCAAUGGCACCACGUCAGCAGCAGCGGAAGCACUCAUGGCGUCCCUGAACCAGGACUCCGGUUAUGGAGGUAGUAUUUCCGGGGAUAGCGCCAUCGACGCCGGAGACCCUGCAGGAUGGCGCGCAGGUCUGCUGGAGGACAGGCCAACUCCGGCGCACACGCCUACCUUUCCUGGAGAGUGGAAUCCAGCAGCCGAGAACGAGAGGCAAGUUGUGGCCAGCCAUGUCCAUCAACUCCUUUAUAACUCCAACCGCGCAAAGCUCGCCCGAGCUAUCACGCGUACAAUCGAAAUUUUAAAGGAGCUUCAAGAGAUGAACCGUCAGUGGCCUGCACAUUAUCCCUCCGUCCAAAGCACCCCGGCUUCCCCCUCGCAGCCGUCGGCACUACAUCGCACUCAGUCAGCCUACAAUGAAUUCGAUGCCAGAGAUGCUUCGCUGCCGCGACCAGGGCAAGUGAGACGUGCGGCCACGUCAAUGGGAGAUGGCGACUACGGCGAGUCGAGUGCUGCUGCGGAACGUCGUGCACCUGCAGAGCCUCGACUGAUAACCCCACAAAUCGCGCAAGAGUUCUCUAUUCUAAAACUGGACCUAAAGCUUGGGGCAUUGUCACAAGCGGAGCUGGUGCAUUCCCUGGAAAAGACCUCGAUAGCUUCGUUACUAGAUGGCAAAAUCAGCCAGAGCAUCAAACAUCUUCUUUCGCUUCGGGAAAGGAUAGAGGAUACGUCCAGCAAAGUGCUUGUGACUGGCGACCUGAAUGCUGGGAAGUCAACAUUCUGCAAUGCUCUCCUGCGUCGAAAGAUCCUGCCUGAAGAUCAGCAGCCUUGCACGAGUAUCUUUUGCGAAGUCCUCGAUGCUAGAGAGAAUGGCGGUGUUGAAGAAGUCCACGCCGUGCACAAGGACAAGCAGUACAAUCGCAAUGAUGAAAGCACCUACGAUGUCUACCCGUUGGAGGAGCUGGAAAACAUUGUGAUCGACAAUUCCAAGUAUAUGCAGUGCAAGGUUUAUGUCAAGGACGUGAGGUCGAUUGAUGAAUCCCUCCUCAAUAAUGGUGUCGUUGAUAUCGCUCUUAUUGACGCUCCGGGUUUGAAUUCCGAUUCCGUCAAGACCACGGCUGUUUUUGCACGGCAAGAGGAAAUUGACGUUGUUGUCUUUGUCGUCUCGGCAGCAAACCACUUCACUCUGUCGGCGAGAGAGUUCAUUUCGAAUGCAGCGCAUGAAAAGGCAUACAUUUUCAUGGUUGUCAAUGGUUUCGAUAACAUCAGAGACAAAGCGAGGUGCCGGAGAAUGAUCCUCGAGCAGAUCGCGCAACUGAGUCCCCGGACUUUCAAGGAGUCGGCCGAGCUGGUUCACUUUGUUUCAAGCAAUGCUGUCCCGGUUGCCCCUGGUGCUGUGGUGAGCUCUGGCUCUGGCAGCGGCGGUGGCUCGGAUCCUUCUGGCGAUGAUCCGGACGACGAUGAUGAUGAUAAAGGGAAAGGCAAGGCUGUGGACUCCAAGGACAAGGGAAAGGGCAAGGAGAGGCAGAAGAUUGAGGAUUUUGAGAAAUUAGAAGCAUCUUUGCGUCGGUUUGUCCUCGAAAAACGUGCACGAUCGAAGUUGGCUCCCGCUCGAACAUACUUACUGAACGUGCUCUCUGACCUCAAUACCCUUGCGUCCGUUAACCGGGAUGUUGCGCAAUCGGAGCUCAAGCGUGUUUCAGAAGAGUUGGACGAAAUCAUUCCGGCGUACGAGAAUGGGAAGAAGAAGAAGACUGAAGUCGCGGAGGAGAUCGAGGCAGCCAUUGAAAAAUCGUGCGAAGAUGUCUAUGAUCAUACCCGCUCGACUCUGACCAACACGAUAGAACGGGUCGCAGAGGCAGAUCUGGGCGUUGAAUAUCCUGGUUUAUUCUCCGUAUUUCAAUAUGCAGAGGAUUUGAAACUUGCCAUGCUUGACCAGAUCUCUGCGUCUGUUUCGGAUUGUGAGGACUAUGCCAGAGCCAAGACGGUGCAGGGAGUGAAUUUCAUCCAGAAUAUUGGCCUGCUUCACGUUGGUGAAGACAAGUUCUCGCCACUCAGUUUCCGCGCUGACAACAUGUUCCGAAAACGCCGUGACGCUCUUGCUCGACAGAUCGACACUCAAGUGGAACUAUGGGAUUUCUUCGAUAUUCCUGGUCUGUGGGAACGGCAAGAGAAGGUUGCGGGGACCGGUAUGGCUAUGACGGUCCUGACGGUGCUCGGUGGCAGAGCUGUCGGUGGUAUUGGAUGGGUCGAUGGAGUGUUUGGUGCAGCUAAAAUCCUGGGACCGAACAACUUGCGGCGGAUGAUCGUUCCUGGAAUCGUCGCUGCAGCUGUUUUGACUGCCGCUUACCUCCUGUCUGCCAUCCCGAACACUCUUCCUCCUCGUCUCUCACGCAAGUUGGCCGCCAGUCUCGCUGAGAUGGACUAUGUGCACUCUAACGCUGCUCGUAUAUCAUCCCAAGUACGCCGCGUCCUUCGCAUGCCCGCUGCAAACUUGCAGGCGAGUCUGGCACAAGGCCUUGAAGACCUCAGCAGGCGUAAGGAUGAAGUUAGCAAGGUGAAACACGAGAGUGAAGUAGCGAGCAAAUACUUUUCCAACUUGUUCCGCGAGUCUCUGGAAAACAGGAGGGCCGUGGAACAGGUCGACUUGGAGGGCCCAUUACCUGGGGCACUGGCUGGGUGA